AUGAAACAGCAGCAGCAGCAGCCACUACAACAAGCACAUCAACAGCUGCAUCGAUAUCGAUAUGCAUUGGUGCCACUGUGUAUGGGUAUGGCCAAUUUGGCCCUGAAUGAAAUUAAACUACUAGAGCCAUUCUAUGCACAAUACAAAUGGGCCCAUGCGGCCAUGUUGAGCUUGGUCGGAUCGAUCGUAUCAUUAUUCCUCGGAUGGGAUCACGUCAAGACACCUCUCAUGUUUAUGUAUUCUUGUUUCUUUAAACCACUUGGUUCCUAUGGAGAUAUCCAAAGCCGUCUCGAAUCCUUUUAUCAAGGCCAAGCACAUAUCUAUGACGAUUCACGAGGCAAACUACUCAGAGGAAGGAAAUCCAUGUUGAAAUUAUGCGCUGCACAACUCAAGGAGCAAAUCGCCAAUGGUGUAACAUCAUCAAAACCUAUUUGGAUUGAUCUGGGAGGUGGAACAGGCUGGAACAUUGAACAAAUGCAUGAAUCCUUUCCAAUUGAAAACUUUGACAAGGUGAUCCUCGUGGAUUUGACACCAUCGUUAUGCAAGGUGGCUGAAGACCGCUUCAAGCGUCGUGGAUGGGAUAAUGUCAUUGUGCUAUGUCAAGACGCCGCCACUUUUGAGACCCCUUUUCCUGCGGAUGGAAAUGUAGGUUUAGUUACCAUGUCGUACUCCUUAUCCAUGAUGGAUCAUUAUUAUCCUGUGGUUGAUCGAGUGCAAUCCCUCUUGUCCCCUGAUGGUAUCUUUGGUGUGGUGGAUUUCUAUGUAUCUGACAAGACUGCUGCACCCGCUGAGAAAUGGACGCCACAAUACAAUCGUCAAUGCAAUUGGUUCACACGCGUGUUUUGGAAGUUGUGGUUUGAGUUCGAUCAUAUCCACCUUGAACCAGGCCGGCGUGAUUAUCUCGAGUACAAGUUUGGCACCAUCAAGAGUGACAAUCGCCGUAAUCAUUUCAUCAUCCCAUAUCUGAUUCAGAUCCCAUUCUAUGUCUGGAUUGGUCGCUCCCAUGCACGUGCUGCUGAUGUUGAUGUUGAUGAUGGCGGUAUCCUGGCAACAACGAGAGUAUCCACUGAUUCGCAAGACAUAGCCAGUGGGUUGAUAACACCUCCCUCCCCCAUGUCGGUAAAGAGUGAUGCAAUGUCAUUGGGGUCGUCGACACCACGUCGUCAUUUUCAGAGCCGUCAAUGGCGCCUUGACUAUGAUCCCACCUUGCCGUGCCAUACACAAUUCCGCUCGUACGUCUAUGCUUUCACCUGGGAAGAUCCACGUGUCGAUUUGCAAUACAUGAACUUGAGCAAGGAUGAUGUCAUGUUGGUGAUCACAUCAGCAGGAGACAAUGCUCUUGAAUAUGCCCUUGCUGCUCAACCUAAGCGUAUCCAUUGCGUAGAUAUGAAUCCCUGCCAGAAUCACCUUCUUGAAUUGAAGCUGGCAAGUAUCGUGUCAUUGCCGUAUCAUGAUUUCUGGCGCAUGUUUGGUGAUGGGCAUCAUCCGGACUUUGCUGGUUUGUUGCAUGACAAAGUGUCUCCGCAUUUGAGCUCGUUUGGUUUCCAAUAUUGGUCCCAGCAUAGCAACCGCUUUGCACACAAGUUUUACAAGACAGGAUACUCUGGUCUGGCCCUUGGACUAUUCGAAUGGUGGACACGAGCUCAUGGCAUCACGCAUCAUGUCGAGGCAUUGUGUCAUGCUGACUCGUUGGAAGAACAAAAGCGCAUCUGGAAACAGCACAUUCGGCCUGUGUUGUUGUCGCCUCUCAUUCGCAAGGUGAUGGAUAACCCAAUGUUCAUGUGGAAUGCUCUUGGAGUGCCAAUGAAUCAAAUGAACAUGUUCCUGGAAGAGUGCACGACACAAGAAUACAUUGAAAACACGCUCGAUCCCAUUGCUACCCGAUCCCUUUUCCGCAACGACCAAUACUUUUAUUACUUGUGCAUGAUGCAACGAUACACACGCCAAUCAUGUCCAACCUAUCUUACGCGAGAAGGCUUUGAUAUCUUAAAGUCAACCGAUGCCUUGGAUGCAUUCCGCCUUCAUACCAACUCGAUCCUCAGCACGUUGCAAGAAAUGCCUACCAAUUAUCUUACUCGUUUGGUGGUUAUGGAUCAUAUGGACUGGUUCAAUCCUGAAGAUGCUACCGGUGAGCUUGAAAUGGAAAUUCAAGAGAUGGCCCGCACUCUACAACCAGGUGGUCGAGUCUUUUGGCGAAGUGCAGGUACCCGCCCUUGGUACAAUCGUCUCUUUGAAAAGCAUGGUUUCGCUGUUCAACCCUUGGCCGUUCGAAAACCCGGGGAAUCCAUUGACCGAGUCAACAUGUAUGCAAGCUUUUAUCAUGCAGUCUUGACACCCAACAAACAAACGCCUACAUCUUCUUCUUGA